AUGCCCAAGAUAAAUGCGAAAUUAUUCUCUACCGUCGACAAAAAACUGGUUAUAUUCUUCAACCACGACCCAGUACGGCCUUCUGCCAACUUUCACUAUCAUAUAUAUAUAUCUCUGUUCAUUCUACGUAUAUCCAGACUCAAAGCAGGAAAAGCCGAGAUGAAAAGCAUCAACUUUGUCACAGGAAAUAAAAACAAGCUCGCCGAAGUGCAGGCAAUACUUCAAGGUACCAUCGAGGUCGAGAGUGUAUCCGUCGAUGUCCCUGAGCUGCAAGGAACGAUAGAAGAUAUCGCUAGAGAGAAAUGUCGUAAAGCCGCUGAAGCAGUGAGUAACCCUGCAUUUCAUGUGUUAUCAUUCUCAAUAAGCCCUCGAUUCCUUGAUGAUUACUGA